AUGGCAACCCACACUGUUACUCGAUCUUCUUCCUCCUCUGGAUGGAGUUAUGAUGUUACAUUGAGUUACAAAGAAGAAGAAGAAUCAGGUAACAAUAUUUUUGCAAGUAACCUCAACGCUGCCCUGGAGAGGGCCAACAUCAAAACAUUCAAGGACAACGAGAACCCAAAAAGAGGGGAAAAGAUCUCUGCUGAUAGGUUUUCCUACGGGAAGUAUUCUUAUAUUGCUGGUGAACAUGUUGCUACUAAUGAUAUAAAGCCCUGUGCUGAAAAAAUUGUUCGAAGGUGCAAGGGUCUUCCCCUCGCAAUUGUCAUUGUGGCCCAUGCAAUGGCAAAACGACAUGGAGUUGAAAUGUGGGAGAAUGCCUUGAGGGAAAUGAAGCAAUCAGACAAAGAUCUCCGAGGUAUGAUAGAUGAAGUACUUCUUCCUUUGAAAUUCAGUUAUGAUAGUUUGGAGAAUGAAAUGUUCAAGAGUCUCUUUCUCUACUGUGCCUGUUUCCCUGAAGACUAUAACAUAAGGGGAGACCUAGACGACAUGUUAAAUUAUUGGGUUGGAGAGGUAAUAGUAGAUCAGUUAGGGAGUUUGAAAGCUUCAAGGGAUAAAUUUGAGGAUCUGAUUCAGAGUUUGAAAAUUUCUUGCAUGUUGGAAGAUGGGGAGGAGAAAGGUAGUGUGAGGGUGCAUAGUAUCAUGCGAGACCUUGCACUUUGGAUUACUUCUUCAGAGUACUCUGAUAGUAGCAUCAAGUUCUUGAAUAGGACAGGUAUAUCAGUUAAAGAGGCACCAAAGGCUCAUGAGUGGGUAAAUGCAUCAAGGAUUUCCUUAAUAGAUACCCAAAUAAAGAAGUUCCCAGAGUUGGGAGAGGCAUGCCAAAAGCUAACUGCUUUCUUAUUCAGGGAAAAUAAGCACUUCAGUGUUAUUCCCCAAACAAAUUUCUUGCAACACAUGGGGCAUCUUAGAGUACUCGAUCUUUCGUCACAGAAUUUAGCAUCUUUCCCAAAUUCCUUGUCGUGUUUGGUGAAUAUUCUGGUGCUUAGGCUACAUAUGUGCAAAAGGUUGAGAGCAUUGCCUUUGCCUGUACUAGGAAUGCUCCGGCAACUCCAAGUUUUAGAUUUGGGUUGGUGCUCUCAGUUGGACCAGCAAAUCCUCGGAGGAUCUGAAUGUGAGAGAUUAAGAUACUUGGAUGUGAAAUUUUGCAAAGUUUCUAUUCCAGCUGGGGUAAUUUCUGGUUUGGACAAUUUGGAGGAAUUUAGAUUUUAUGCAUCGAAUAAAAUAAAAUGGAGAGUGAACUCUAGUGAAGAAGAUGAAAAAAUGGAUGGGAGUGAGUCCACUAGUGGUGAGUCAAUCAUUGAUGUGAGGGAGUUAUCCUGCUUGACCAAUUUAACCUCUCUUACCAUUUCAUUUGAAGAUAUCAUUAUUUCUGAUUGGUUCAAACCUUUGGCCAACAAGAUUAUUGCCUUGAGUCUGAAUCAUUGCACAGUCGAAAAACAAGAUGCUCUAGAAGCUCUCAACCUCGAUAAAUCCCAAAAUCUAUGGCAGUUAAUAAUUGAGGAUUGCCCAGGUUUGUCAUGUGUGCGCAUUGGUUCUGUAUUAACUGUAAUUAAAAACUGUGAAGACUUGGAGGUGGUGUUGGAUCGUCAGGAUGUCUACCCCAACCAAUAUUACCUCCACGAGUUACACCUAAAAGGAUUGCCAAAAUUGAGAAGGACAUGGGUUAGUCUCGAACCACUCAAUUGCUUUGGUCAACUAUCAUUGAUAGUAGUUGAGAAAUGUAAUAGCUUGAAGAUGGUCUUCACGGAGGAAAUGCCACGCCUAUUUAACAACUUGAAGGAAAUUAGAGUUGGGUAUUGUGUGAGAGUGGAAGUACUUAUUGAAGCAGAGGAAGAGGAAGAAGAAUAA